AUAUCACAACACAUAUCAAGCAUGCCUGUCAAAGAGUCAUCUCCAUGGUAACGUCGUCAUAGUGAAGCUGACAACCACUAAACAAUCUGUGUUUGGGUUCAGUGCACAUGCUGAGUUCCGGGGAAUUAAACUUGACAUAGAGGGACACUCACGGCCGGAUCGGGAUAUAAGGUAAUGGCAAAUGCUGAACCUUGGGUUGGGACCUGGAGACCCCACAAGCCAAAAGGGCCCAUAGCGGCCCUCUAUGGUAGCCCAGGACCGAAGUAUGCACUGCCUGGACUCACAGGUUUUAAUAAACACGACCCCACUAAAUACAAAGCACCAAUGUUCAGCUUUGGGAAACGUCAUGAACAGGCCAGUUCUUAUUGCUCCCCUGGACCAAGAUACCUCAUCCCCUCCAACAUCACCAGUGCUGGCCGAGAUGGUACUCCUGCAUUUUCAAUCCACAGCCGUCCAAGGGAGCCAAAAUUGUUCCAGACCCCUGGGCCCGGUCAGUAUUCCCCGGAGCAUUCAGGAAAGUCGAUCUUCCACUCCGCUCCUGCUUAUUCUCUGUCUGGGAGGAGCAAAGACAUCACUACUAACCAAACACCAGGUCCAGCCUCAUACACUCUGCCCCCUGUGCUAGGGUGCAAAACUGUGACCACAUCUGCAGCUCCCGCCUACUCCCUCUGUCGCCGCAGCCAAAGUGGAAGCUUCCAUGAGGACCUGAAGAAGACUCCUGGCCCUGCUUCCUACAAAGUUGUGGACCCUUGUGUCUACAGUCAGAAACCUCCCCAGUACAGCAUGACAGGCCGCAACUUUCCUCCUGGUGAAACCACAGAGAAACCAGGACCUGGUGCGCACUAUCUUGAGCAGGUGGCCGUCACAAGAGCAAAAGCUCCAAGCUUCUCCUUUGGACUGCGUCACUCAGAUUACAUCACACCCCUCAUUGUAAAUGUGGCUGAAUUAUUUCACAUAUGAUCUCUUAUUUUAACUGAGAAAUUCACACAGCAGUUCGAAUAAAGCACACAAAGCAAACUGCUCAGGAUUACUAAGAUCAUGUUUUAUUGCCAUAGUUAUAGACCUUGUUGUAUUGGUACUUGUCACUUUGUCAGGGUUAUGAUCACUAUCA